AUGGACUCCCCUGAAGGCAUCAUCUCUGUGGAGGAGGGAAGCUUUAGUCCUAAAACUGUCCCAGGACGCUCGGACCUCAGCGGGCUCUACCUCCUGGGCCGGACGUUGGGCAGGGGUCACUUUGCUGUGGUCAAACUGGCGCGUCAUGUCAACACGGGUCAACUGGUGGCUGUCAAGAUUAUUAAUAAGACCAAGCUUGACAUCAUGGCCACAAGUCAUCUCCUUCAGGAAGUGAGGUGCAUGCGGAGGGUGCAGCAUCCCAACGUGGUCCGUCUGUACGAGGUCAUCGACACGCCCAGCACCCUGUACCUGGUGAUGGAGCUGGCCGAGGGUGGAGACCUGUACGACUACAUCCAGCGGCAUGACCGAGGCGUGGCCGAAGGCACCGCCAAACGCCACUUCGCUCAGAUCGUCCGCGCCGUGUCCUACUGCCAUCAGCUCCACGUGGUGCACCGCGACCUCAAACCCGAGAACGUGGUGUUCUUCCCGCAGCAGGGCGCCGUCAAACUCACUGACUUCGGCUUCAGCAACUGGUUCCAGCCCGGGACCAUGUUGGCCACGAGCUGCGGGUCGCUGGCUUACUCCGCACCAGAGAUCCUGCUGGGAGAGGAGUACGAUGCUCCUGCUGUCGAUAUCUGGUCUCUGGGGGUGAUCUUGUACAUGUUGGUGUGUGGAGUCCCUCCGUUCCACGAAACCAACGACAGCGAGACUCUGGUGAUGAUCCUGGACUGUCGCUACAGGGUCCCGGACCACGUCUCGGUCCACUGCAGACACUUAAUUUCCCAGAUGCUGCAGAAGGAUCCCAGCAGACGUGCAACGCUGGAGGAAAUCGAGGCUCAUGAUUGGCUAAAGGGGCUGGACGAUGCUCUGCUGACCCCUGAAGCCCCUCCCUCCUGGCUGACCGGCGCGCUGUCACUCAACUCUCCUCGCCUGGUUCCAGAGAGCGGGGACCUUCUCGCUGCAAAAGCCUCCAAUCACCCGCCUUUACCUGGACCAUGGCAGCCCAGGCUGAGGACCACCCCAGACCCAGACCCCCCAGUGCCUCAGAGCAUCCCAGCUCUGCAGCAGAUCUGUGAGGAAGAGGAGGAGGAGGAUGAGGAGGAAAAAGAAGAAGAGGAGGAGGAGGAGGAGGAGUGCACAAAGGAACAUGUCCAGGGACCACAAACUGAUGAGAAACUUAUUGUUGAAGAGGAGACAGACACUGGACCAAUGCUGGAGGAGGCCGAGGCUGUGGACACGGACGCUGUGAUUUCUGAGCAGCCCGCGAGUCUCAAUGAUACGAGUGCUUCUAGUUCAGCGUCUGUUCAAGAGAGCGAUUCAAGUCUGCAGUGUGAUGAGCCCAAUAAUAACAGCAGCAAAGCUCCUGUCCCCUCAGAUCCUUCUCUCUCAGUCUGUUUGGACUCCAAAGACACACACACAGAGGACUGCAGAAAAGAUCUCUCCGCUGACCGGCCACAGUCCCUCAGUCCAGACAUUGCCCCUCGGGCAGAGACUGCCAAACGUCAUAGCUUAAAACUGCGUGAAAGAAUUUUCCAAUUUCCUCUUUGUGAGAAAGCGAUGGCUUUUAAUAUCCCCAAUCAAAACAAGUCCAAGAUUCUGCCGUUGGCUCAGUACAACUGCUGCAGAGUGCUGUAG